AUGAAGGUAACAGUUGUCUUUGCCCUUUUGGCGGCCGUGGCGUCGGCGAUUCCUGAAGAAGGCUACAACUACCAGGCACCAGGAGGCCAGGGAUUCCAGUACCCCUCCGCGCCCGCCCAGUACGCCUUCCAGUGGGACGUGAAUCACGCACCUUCAGGGAACUUUUACGGCCACAAAGAGCAGAGAGAAGAUGCCAACACUCAGGGAAGUUACUACGUCCAGCUGCCUGAUGGUCGCCGUCUUCUGGUCGAGUAUUACGUGGACGCUACCGGUUACCAUCCCACCGUCACCUUCGAGGGAGAGGCGCAGUAUCCUUCGGGAGGGAAUCGGGGAUACGGUCAGUCCGGUCAGGGAUCGAGCCAAGGGUCUCCCUCGCAAUUGUAUGGCACCCCAUCAAAAUAG